GGCUGGGGUUGGAGCGUGCAGGUAAGGUGUGCAGAGCACAUCUCUGAAGUACAGAAUCCAAGAGACGAGAAGGUUCAUUCGACCAUGAUGAAUGCAGAUAUGGACGCGGUUGAGGCUGAAAAUCAAGUGGAAUUGGAAGAGAAAACGCGCUUAUUAAUCAGGUUUUGGAACUGCAGCAUUACACUUGAAGAUCUGUCUGCCAGAGUUGACGCCGUUAAAGAAGAAAACCUGAAACUGAAAUCAGAAAAUCAAGUUCUUGGACAAUAUAUAGAAAACCUUAUGUCCGCCUCUAGCGUUUUCCAGACCACUGACACAAAAAGCAAACGGAAGUAAGGCGCGGAGAACCGAACGUUAACAUUGCAUCGCUGCUGCUUUUGUUUUGUGUUGAAUUGCAAGGCUACCCGAGUGAA